GCUGGGCACUUAAGCAUGCUUACACAUUUUUAAAAUUAAAAUGGAGAAGACAAGAGUUUGUGUUACAGGAGGAUCAGGAUAUCUAGGAUCUUGGCUAGUUAAGAAACUCUUGCACAAGGGUUAUAUUGUUCAUGCAACUUUAAGAAGCUUAGAUGAGAAAUCAAAAGUAGGCCUUCUUAAAUCUCUGCCAAAUGCCAAUACUGGACUAGUGUUAUUCAAAGCCGAUAUAUAUGAUCCUAAUGAUUUUCAAGCUGCAAUUGAGGGUUGCAACUAUGUCUUGCAUCUGGCUACCCCAUUGCAACAUAAUACUAAAAGCUCUCUGUACAAGGAUACAAGAGAAGCUGCCAUUGCUGGAGUAAAAACUAUAGCUGAUUGUUGCCUUAAAUCACAAAGUGUGAAGAAGCUCAUAUAUACUUCAUCUGUCAUGGCCUCAUCACCGUUGAAGGAUGAUGGGAGCGGUUUUGAAUCUUAUUGGGACGAAUCUUGUUGGACUACCAUCAAUGACACACCUUUUACUUACUUUUUUAACUACCCUUGCAUUUGUAACUGUGUUCUGAAGGCAUAUACGAUGUCAAAGACCUCAGCAGAGAAAGAAAUUCUAAGCUAUAACGCAACUGCAUCCGACCCUGAUACUGGUCUAGAAGUUGUGAGCUUAGUUUGUGGUUUGGUGGGAGGAGACACAAUUCUUUCCUAUCUACCUGCAAGCAUGAGUACAAUUAUAUCACCCCUUUUCGGAGACUCACUUAAUAGCUAUUACCAGAGCUUGCAACAUCUGCAAGAGCUUCUAGGUUGCGUGCCACUUGUUCAUAUCGAAGAUGUUUGUGAAGCACAUGUUUUGUGCAUGGAGAAACCUUCCUUGAAAGGAAGAUUCAUAUGUUCAAAUGCUGAUCCGACUGCCAAGGAGAUCACAGAGUACUUCAAGAACAAUAACCCGAAUUCAGAACUAGAGAUUUUAGAUGACUGCAGUAUCAUAGGAGAAAGAGGAAGCAGAUGCAGUUCAAUAGAGCUCAUAAAACUAGGAUUCGAGCACAAAUUUAACAUGGCAGACAUUUUAGAUGGUAGUGUACAUUGUGGAAAAAUGUUAGGAUCUCUCCCUAACAAAUAAAGAGUUACAAUUUAAUCGAGCAAAACUAAAAUAAGUCAUCUUGAAUGUAACGUUAUGAAAUAAUACUUUCCGGAUAUAUUAUCCUU